GCAACCAAGGGGCGGGUGACCAGCCCCAAGCCCCAGACGGCAACGAGCGGGUUGCAUGUGUGAAAGUGGUUUGAGAGAGAGAGAGAGAGAAUGAUGAGAGAGUGAGGGGACUGACCAAAUGCAUGCAGCAGCAAGCAGAUCUGUUGGUGGAAAUGGUGGUCUCCUACCACAGUCAACGACUGCAGCCUAUAUAACUCUCCCGCGUCCUCACCAACGUCAGUCUUGUCUUCUCUGUGAAGAACGUCGAGGACGGAGCUCAUCCACAAUGGGAACAUUGCCUCUGCUGACCCUAGUAGGGGUGGCCCUGCAGGCUGCGCUGAUCUUCGGCCGAGCAGUCGACCAGCCGCAGGCGGCCAGUGACGCAUUCACAUUCGCGUCUGUUCUGCAGCAACAGUCGCCCGCAACACAACAACAACCCAUUGCUGAUAGACGAGUAUCAUACGACGAUCAUGACGAUCAUCACCAUCAUCAUCACGAGCCAAAAGGUUACUGGAAGAAGAAGCUGAUCUGGAAGCCCGACUGGGUCAAGGUCUGGAAACCUGCAUCCAAACAAAUCUGGAAGCCCGCAUGGAAGAAGGUCUACAAGCCAAUCUGGGUACCAACCAAGAAAGCCGUCUGGCAGCACAUCGAAGUACCACAAUGGAAAAAGUACUGGAAACCAAUCUGGGUGCCAACCAAAGUGCCAGCCUGGAAAGAAAUCAAAGUACCCGACUGGAAGAAGAUCUACAAGCCAAUCUGGGUGCCCAUCAGUGUACCAGCCUGGAAGGAAAUCCAAGUGCCUGACUGGAAGAAGAUCUACAAACCCCACUGGGAGCACAUAAAGGUUCCAGCAUGGAAGGAAGUACAAGUACCUGACUGGAAGAAGAUCUGGGUGCCUGAGUUGAUCAAGGUUGGAAUCCCCGGAGAGAAGCAUCUAGGAAAGGACGAGCAUGGCUGGGAGUACACAUCUCAUGACUUGUGGAAGAAGAAGGUCGUAUGGAAGCCAAUCUGGAAGAAGAUCUGGAAAACUGAGAAACAUCAAAUCUGGGUACCAUCCAAGAAGCUUGUCUGGAAGGAAGAAUGGAAACAGAUCUGGAGAACUGAGAAGAAGCAGAUCUGGGUACCAUCCAAGAAGCUGGCCUGGAAGGAAGCGUGGGUUCAGGUUUGGAAGCCAGCCAAGAAGCUGAUCUGGGUUCCCGACAAGAAGCUGGCCUGGAAGGAGGCAUGGAAGCAGAUCUGGGUGCCAAGCAAGAAACUGAUCUGGGUACCAGACAAGAAGCUCGAAUGGAAAGAAGAGUGGAAAGAGUACCAGGUGCCUGCAUGGAAAAAGAUCUGGGUGCCCGCAUGGAAGAAGGUGUGGAAGCCAGUGUGGAUCAGCGAAUGGAUCAUCAUCCAGGACGACCACCAUCACCAUCAUGGCUGGGACAGGAAGGACACAGUGGCCAACCCUCAGCAGCUGCAGCCUCAGCUGGGCAGUCAGCAGCAGGCACAGUCCUACAUUCCACCCUUUGUGCCACUUCCUCCCAAGCAGCCACAGUCACCCCUGCAAUAGGCACCAACGACUGACCGACCAGGUGCCAUCAACCCCCAAAACACCCCCCCCCCACAUUGUGCUCAGUUACCCCCUUAAGUACAAAUAAGUCACUAAACCAACCAACCAAGCAUCCACAUCACCUACUAGAAGAAAUACUCAGUUACUCAUUGAUAUUAAUGUUUAGUUGUUAGUUGGUCUCCAAAAUUAAUAGAUCAUGGAGAAAAGAAUGAACUGAAGGUUGAUCACACAAAGAAAGAAUGCAAUAAUUAUCCGAACUCAAUGGAAAGUUGAAAUAACAAUCGGAUUUGGUUUAUGACAUGGAUAGUCAAGAGCGGAUGUCAGUAGACUUCACUGUAGUACAUUUUCUAUCUAUUAGAUCUCUUCUAAUAGGUGAUGAAUACACUUCAACCAUCCUUAUCAAGCCCCUCCCCCCCCCCUAGAUUAAGCUAAUCAAUCAAGCGAUUUUACGUUUGAUUUGUAAAUAAUGUAAUGACGUUGUUGUUAUUCGUGUUGUUAUGAUUACCUGUUGUUGUUGAUCUGUUAAUAAGAUAGUGUAUUGUGUACAUUAAUUACUUACUAAAAGUCGAAUAAACGAAUUUGUAAUAAA